GUGCUUGCAGCAAGGCCUGAGGCAGGGUGUAACUCUUCUUAUCUUUCCACUCUCACUCUGUACCUGUUUGACAGGUAGGGUGUGUCUGAGAACGGGCUGCCCCUCCAGCAGGCAGUGGGAUGGUAUAAAAGGAAGAAGCCAGCAGCAGAAGAGUACACAGAGGGACUUCGACUCUCCUUUGUGAGCGACCUCCUCCUACUCCUCCACUCAGCUCUUCUGCAAGCUCUUAAGCUCUUUCUCUAUCCCGCAUCUCCACCAACCAGAGACCAACCAUGCAUCAAAGCUCCAGAUCCUACUCCAGCAGGUCGGCCUACGCCAUCCCUGGAGGAUCCAGCAAGAUAAGCAUAGUAUCGAGCUCACGCCGCUCUGGUGUCGGCUCUGGGUUCGGCGGCGGCAUGGGUGGCGGUGGUGCCAGCUACAGCUUCAGCAGCAGCAGCAUCGGUGGAGGUGCUAUGGGAAUGGGUGGAGGCUAUGGCCUUGGGUUUGGCAGCGGUGCAGGCUAUGGUGGAGGUGCUGGUGGUGGCUUAGGUGGUGGCUACGGCGGAGGCCUCGGCGGAGGCCUCGGCGGAGGCCUCGGUGGUGGCUUCGGUGGUGGCUUUGGUGGUAGCUCUGGUGGUUUCAUCCCACCUCCCAUCACCGCUGUGACAGUGAACCAGAGCCUGCUGCAGCCCCUCAACCUGGAGAUCGACCCCAGCAUCCAGGCCGUCCGCACCCAGGAGAAAGAGCAGAUCAAGACCCUCAACAACCGCUUCGCUUCUUUCAUCGACAAGGUGCGCUUCCUGGAGCAGCAGAACAAAAUGCUGGAGACCAAGUGGAGCCUCCUGCAGGACCAGACCACCACCCGCUCCAACAUUGACGCCAUGUUCGAGGCCUACAUCGCCAACCUGCGCAGACAGCUGGAUGGCCUGGGCAAUGAGAAGAUGAAGCUGGAAGGAGAGCUGAAGAACAUGCAGAUUCUUGUUGAAGACUUCAAGAAGAAGUAUGAGGACGAGAUCAACAAGCGCGCCGCUGCAGAGAACGAGUUUGUCCUCCUGAAGAAGGAUGUCGACGCAGCCUACAUGAACAAGAUUGAACUCGAGGCCAAGGUUGAUGCUCUCCAGGAUGAAAUCAACUUCCUCAGGGCAGUCUACGAGGCUGAGCUGCGCGAGCUGCAGUCUCAGAUCAAGGACACAUCAGUCGUUGUGGAGAUGGACAACAGCAGGAACCUGGAUAUGGAUGCCAUUGUGAAUGAAGUCCGUGCUCAGUACGAGGACAUUGCCAACCGCAGCCGUGCCGAGGCAGAGUCAUGGUACAAACAGAAGUUUGAAGAGCUGAAGACCUCCGCUGGUAGCUAUGGUGAUGACCUGCGCUCUACCAAGUCUGAGAUCGCUGAGCUGAACAGAAUGAUUGCCCGCCUGCAGAACGAGAUUGAGGCCGUCAAGGGGCAGCGUGCCAACCUGGAGGCCCAGAUUGCCGAGGCAGAGGAGCGUGGUGAGAUCGCAGUGAAGGACGCCAAGCUCCGCAUCAAGGACCUGGAGGACGCUCUCCAGAAAGCUAAGCAGGACAUGGCCAGGCAGGUGCGUGAGUACCAGGAGCUCAUGAACGUCAAGCUGGCUCUGGACAUUGAGAUCGCCACCUACAGGAAACUCCUGGAGGGAGAGGAGUCCAGACUCUCUGGUGGAGUCUCUGCCACCGUCCACAUUCAGCAGCAGUCCUCUGGAGGUGGCGGAUUCUCCUCCGGCUCUGGAUUCGGCUAUGGAGGUGGAGCUUCAGGUGGAUUUGGAGGAUCGUUUGGUGGUGGCAUGGGCGGUGGCAUGGGCGGUGGCAUGGGCGGUGGCAUGGGCGGUGGAAUGGGCAGUGGCAUGGGCAGUGCCAUUGGCGGUGGCUUUGGCACUGGCUCAUCCAUCAGUAGAACUUCCGUCAAAACUGUUUCGUCAAAACGCUACUAAACUGAAGCUUCUCGACAUCAUUUCCCUGCACCUUUCACCAACAACACAUCAAUGGUGCUAAAAUGUUAGCCAUUAGCCCAACCUCAACCAUCCAACCAAUUUCUGAAACCUGUUAAUGUUUUUUUUUUUUUCUCACUUGAUAGAAAAGAUAUCUUCAGGGGUAGAUGUUAAUCAGUGACCCUCUGAAAUAUGGUCCCAAAAGAAAUCAGGAAGAAUGUAAAGGGAAAUGCUUGAUUCUCUUUAACCCUGCUGAAAGUUCUUUAUUUUCUGCACUGAUAUGUUCUGGGGUAAAGGAAGACUCGAUAGGUAUAACCAUUAAAACCACCAGAGCUGUUUCUUAAAACUGAAGCCACUGAAUACAAAGUUAGGACAGGGUUGCGACAGUAAGUGAGCGAUUUUCUAGACGUUUCCCAUCGCGAUCAAUGUUUUCAGCCGACGCUAACCUGUCUCCGGUGCUGAACAGAGUCGAUGCCGCUAUUCUGUACAGUAGAUGCACACCGUUCCACUGUGAGCAGAGCUGUUUCGAUGUAAACCACAUCUCCUGUGGGUUCCCAAUGAUGAUCCUCUCCACACAGUCUGCCUUUUCUCUUGCUAAUUCGGCAGCUGUUUGCUAGCUUACCAUACUGACCAACCAAACAAUCUUUUGUCCACCUCUUUGCUUCUAGAGUUCAAUCGAGGAUUGCAAUCCCUCGCUCUCAGGCUGUCCCACAUCUGUUUUCAUCUUCUUUUUUUUCUCAGACAAAAAAAAGCAAACAAAAGCAGACGAUAAGACCAGGUUUAUUGUUUGUAAGAUAAUGUUGUGACACCAUCAAAACCUGAAAGCAAUAAAUCUGAGAUCUAUAA